AUGUUCUCAGGAGCAGUGUUUGCAUCAUCACAUGCAGGAGAAAAGACCAUGCACACAAUAAAACACUUCCUCCUCGCUUUUGCCACCCUGGGUGUACCAAAGGAGAUUAAAACAGAUAGUGGGCCAGCUUAUACCUCCCACAAGUUGAAGGAGUUCUUCAAUGAAUGGGGCAUAGCACACAAGAUGGGCAUACCUUGUGGGAAGGGCUUCAGCUACAGCUCCGCCCUCAUCAGGCACCGGCGCAUUCACACUGGGGAGAAGCCCUACGAGUGUGCCCAGUGUCAGAAGAGGUUUCGGACCAGCUCCAGUCUCCUCCAGCAACAGCAGAUUCACACAGAUGAGAGUCCCUUCUGCUGCCCUGACUGUGGAAAAGGCUUCAAGCGCAACUACACCCUUGUCAGCCACCGGCGCAUCCACACUGGGGAGAGGCCCUACGAGUGUCCUGACUGCGGGAAGGGCUUCAAGCGCAACUCCCACCUCAUCAGGCACAAGCAGACCCACACUGGGGAGAGGCCUUACGAGUGUGGGGAAUGUGGGAUGAGCUUUAGCCAGAACUCUAACCUGAUCUCCCACCAGAAGACCCACACCAGAGAACAGACCUAUGAAUGUGGGGAAUGUGGGAAGAGCUUCAGUCUGAAGUCUCUCUCAAGCUGCCACCAGAGGAUCCACACUGGGGAAAGGCCAUACAAGUUUUGGGAAUGUGGAAUGACCUUUACUAGGAGGCCCCCACUGAUCAUCCACCAAAUGACCCACACUGGGGAGAAGCCCCACAAGUGCCCUGAGUGUCAGAAGAAGUUUCACACCAGUUCUGAUCUCGUCCAGCACCAGCAGAUUCACACGGUUGAGAGGCCCUAUGAGUGUCCUCAGUGUGGGAAGAGCUUCUCCAGCAGCUCUCACUUGACCAGACACCAACAGAGUCACCAGACCCACACUGGGGAGAAGCCCUAUGAGUGUGGGGAGUGUGGGAAGAGCUUCAGCCUGAGCUCCAACCUGAUCAAGCACCAGAGAAUCCACACUGGGGAGAAGCCCUAUGAGUGUGGGAAGUGUGGGAAGAGCUUCUGUGGGAGCUCCAGCCUGAUCAAGCACCAGAGGAUCCACACUGGAGAACGGCCCUUCGAGUGCGGAGAGUGUGGACAGAGCUUCAGCCAGCGCUCCCACCUGAUCUCGCACCAGAGGACCCACACUGGGGAGAGGCCCUACGAGUGUUCCAAGUGUGGGAAGGGGUUUCAGACCAGCUCCCAUCUCCUCCGACACUAUCAGAGUCACACAGAGGAGAGGCCCUUCCAAUGCCCCGACUGUGGGAAGGGAUUCAGGUGGAACUCCACCCUCGUCAGACACAGGCGCAUCCACACUGGGGAGAGGCCCUAUGAGUGUGAUAAAUGCAGGAAGAGGUUUCAGACCAGCUCCCACCUCCUCCAGCACUAUCGGAUUCACACAGAGGAGAGACCCUUCCGCUGCUCCGAGUGCGGGAAGGGAUUCAAGCACAACUCCACCCUCGUCAAGCACCGGCGCAUCCACACUGGGGAGAGGCCCUACGAGUGUCCUCAGUGUGGGAAGAGCUUCCCCAGCAGCUCUGACUUGACCCGACACCAACGGAGGCACCAGUAAGGGAAGCCCUGCGAGUGCCCUGAGUGCGGGAAGAGCUUCAUGUGCUUCUCCAGCUCCAUCCCCCACUGGAGGAGGCACUUUGGGCACAGCCCUGGUCACUCACAUUCCUUGUGAUCCAUGUUGGCAACACACCUGGCAGCUUUUACUUUUGUUUUGGCCCUAAUGUUUCUAACUUCUCUAUCUCUUUGCACUCCAAAACUCAAGAGAGAUGGAUCUGUCACCUGAAAACCACUGAAAUCCCAGUGAAAACAACUCAAUCUUACCCAAAAGGGCUCAAUCCCACCUCAAAUAAACUCAGUGCCGUACCAAA